AUGGUGAAAAUAGAAAAAAAGUCACGUUUGCUGAUGAUGAUGGUGUUGAAUUUGAUGUAUAGUAGCAUUAAUAUUAGUGAAAACACCAGUGAGGAUGGGGAAAACAGCAGUAAGAAUGGGGGGAAACACCAGCAAGAAUGGUGUAUCGAGGAGGCCAGGAGCCCUGGCAGGCAGCAAGUUUCAUCGGGUCCCCCUCUGGUUUUCGCUAACGUUAAUCGCGUAAGAAACAUUCCUAGCAACGCAGAGUUAAACAAUCUCGAACAGUCAAGGAAUUUUGAGUUGAUGAACGAACUCUCACAGCUUGCACAUGACGCAGAGGUUGGCAGACGAUAUGUCCAGCAGUUUUGGAAAUAUUUCAUCGACAUGGAAAAAGGGGAGGUGGACUGCUUGGGCCAGCAUGAGGCCGGCAGGGUUUUUUGCAACUUAAUGCAGCUAUCCAGCCAGCCAGCUACUCAUUUUAUAAGCUUCAUCAUCAACAUCAGAAGUUUCAUAUGA